AUCGUAGUUAUGGCACGAACUAAGCAGACCGCUCGUAAGUCCACUGGUGGCAAAGCGCCGAGGAAGCAGCUCGCUACUAAAGCUGCCCGUAAGAGCGCCCCAGCCACCGGCGGCGUUAAGAAGCCUCAUCGUUACAGGCCCGGUACCGUGGCGCUGAGAGAAAUCCGCCGCUAUCAGAAGUCCACCGAACUGCUGAUUCGUAAGCUGCCUUUCCAGCGUCUUGUGAGAGAAAUCGCUCAGGACUUCAAGACUGAUCUGCGCUUCCAGAGCUCCGCCGUCAUGGCCCUGCAGGAGUCUAGCGAGGCUUAUUUGGUCGGUCUUUUUGAGGACACAAAUCUGUGUGCCAUCCACGCCAUGUCUGGAAGAGGUAAAGGAGGAAAGGGUCUCGGCAAAGGAGGCGCUAAGCGUCAUCGCAAAGUUCUGCGCGAUAACAUUCAGGGAAUCACCAAGCCCGCCAUCCGUCGUCUCGCUCGUCGUGGUGGUGUGAAGCGCAUUUCCGGUCUGAUCUACGAAGAGACUCGCGGUGUUCUGAAGGUGUUUCUGGAGAAUGUUAUUCGUGACGCCGUCACCUACACUGAACACGCCAAGAGAAAGACCGUCACUGCCAUGGACGUUGUUUAUGCCCUGAAACGACAAGGACGCACUCUGUACGGCUUCGGAGGUUAAAUUUCGGGAGUGAAAAGAUCAAAAACCCAACGGCUCUUUUAAGAGCCACCCACCUUCUCACGGAAAGAGUAAAAAUAAAAACAAAUCAUUU